CUAAAAGCGGCGAGGCGGGAAGUGUUGCGCAGGCGCGUUUGGCGGACUCGGAGGCGGCGACCCAAGCAUCUGGGAAGCCCCAGAAGUCGUAUUCCCUUAAACCGUCAAACCGUUCUCCACACUCCCCCACCCGAUUCGCUACCUCUGCAGUUCCCACCGCCGUCUGCUACCGGGAGACUCCCCGGGUAGGCAGUUUUCCCUUUAGCUCCUGCCGGUUUGUCUGGGAGGUGAAAGUGAAGCCCAUGGAAUCUUUAGAAAUGGUUCACGGUUUUCCUUCCUUUGGGGAUUUGGACAAAGUAUUCUGAUUUUCAUAGCUGCUUUGGUCCCCCUGCGGACAUGACCCUGUAGCUGGCAUUUUGCACCCCACUUGCUUUGUGAUGGAGCCUGCUUUGGGGAUUCAGAUGGAUAAGCCAAUGGUUUUUUCUCCCCUUGGUGGCCGGUUUCAGGCGGAUGGCUCAUUAAAAAAACAAGAGCAGAAUUUUAAACCACCAGGUGUUAAAAAAGAUAUUGAGAAGCUUUAUGAAGCUGUACCACAGCUUGGCAAUCUGUUUAAGAUUAAGGACAAAAUUGGAGAAGGCACUUUCAGCUCUGUUUAUUUGGCUACAGCACAGUUACAAGUCGGACCUGAAGAGAAAAUUGCUCUAAAACACUUAAUUCCAACAAGUCACCCCAUAAGAAUUGCAGCUGAACUUCAGUGCUUAACAGUGGCUGGGGGGCAAGACAAUGUCAUGGGAGUUAAAUACUGCUUUAGGAAGAAUGAUCAUGUGGUUAUUGCUAUGCCAUAUCUGGAGCAUGAGUCCUUUUUGGACAUUUUGAAUUCUCUUUCUUUUCAAGAAGUACGGGAAUAUAUGUUUAAUCUGUUCAAAGCUUUGAAACGCAUUCAUCAGUUUGGUAUUGUUCACCGUGAUGUUAAGCCCAGCAAUUUUUUAUAUAAUAGGCGCUUGAAAAAGUAUGCCUUGGUAGACUUUGGUUUGGCCCAAGGAACCCAUGAUACUAAAAUAGAGCUUCUCAAAUUUGUCCAGUCUGAAGCUCACCAGGAAAGCUGUUCACAAAAUAAAUCCUAUGUAAUCACCGGCAACAAGAUUUCAUUGAGUGGCCCAGCAGCACCUAAAGAGCUGGAUCAGCAGUCUACCCCAAAAACUUCUGUUAAAAGGCCCUACACAAAUGCACAAGUUCAGACUAAACAUGGAAAAGAUGGAAAGGAGGGGUCUGUAGGCCUUUCUGUCCAGCGCUCUGUUUUUGGAGAAAGAAAUUUCAAUAUACACAGCUCCAUUUCACAUGAGAGCCCUGCAGUGAAAUUCAUGAAGCAGUCAAAGACUGUGGAUUUACUGUCUAGAAAAUUAGGAACCAAAAAGAAGACCAUUUCUACAAAAGUCAUGAAUAGUGGUGUGAUGAGGAAAACUGCCAGUUCUUGCCCAGCUAGCCUGACCUGUGACUGUUAUGCAACAGAUAAAGUUUGCAGUAUUUGCCUUUCAAGGCGGCAGCAGGUUGCACCCAGGGCAGGUACACCAGGAUUCAGAGCACCAGAGGUCUUGACCAAGUGCCCCAAUCAAACUACAGCAAUUGACAUGUGGUCUGCAGGCGUCAUAUUCCUUUCUUUGCUUAGUGGAAGAUAUCCAUUUUAUAAAGCAAGUGAUGAUUUAACUGCUUUGGCUCAAAUUAUGACAAUUCGUGGAUCCAGGGAAACUAUCCAGGCUGCUAAAACUUUUGGCAAGUCAAUAUUGUGUAGCAAAGAAGUUCCAGCACAAGACUUGAGAAAACUCUGUGAGAAACUCAGAGGUAUAAAUUCUAACACUUCUAAAUUAACAAGUGAUAUACAAGAGUGCAGUUCUCAUGACCCAGCUUUUUCAGAGAAGACAGAAAACCGUAAACUUGCUCACUUCAUACAAACACCUCAAGCGCAACCCUCAGGGAAUUCAUCAUAUAAAGGCGACAGUAAUGGCUGUGGGGGCAAUUUUGAGGAGUCUACUACCAAUCUAGAAGGCUGGGAUGAGGUGCCUGAUGAAGCUUAUGACCUGCUUGAUAAACUCCUAGAUCUGAAUCCAGCUUCAAGAAUAACAGCAGAGGAAGCUUUGUUGCAUCCAUUUUUUAAAGAUAUGAGUUUAUGAUUAUUCUUUAAUGUUUAUUAUUGUGUAUUGUGAGGUAAAGUGAAAAAGAGUUAUUUGUAAUAGCCAUAAAUUCUUGAUUAGAGGCCAGGUCAGGGUGAAUAAUUUAUUUAAUAUUUGCUCUCCUAGCAGAUUCUAAAAUAUGGAUUAAGAUUACUUAAGUUGCCUAGGGUAGUUCUUGGACUAACAGAAUGAUCUUUGACUUAGAUCUACCCAAGUAGAAUCAGAUCUUUCAUUUACCUAAUUGUUUGUAAACUGCCAUCUGCAGAAAUAGGAGCAGUCUUAGCCUGGUACAUAGGGCUUCAAGGUAUGAGUCUUGAAAUUGAGGGUUGUGACAGGGAUUAAAGACUUCAGUGAGUCAAAAGACUUCAGGUUUACUGGGUUUUUUGAGCUAUGUGUGUUUCUGGAAAACUCAACCUGAUGCUGGUCCUCUGAUUAUUCUGGAGGUAGAGAAGAUAAUUUCCUUUUUUAGAGGCAUGUAUUAUACCUUUUAUGAACACUAAAGCAAUGAGAAAAAUAUCGGGAUAUUACUUAAAAUUGAGUUUUAUUUAUUCAUUUUUUAAUACUUUUUUUGUGUGAAUUGCCAUGUUUUUCUUAAUGGUUUCUCUCUUGAUUUUUCUGCCAUCUCUACCCACAUCUAAAACACAUUCUCCUUGGAAGUUUUAUGGUGCUUUCCAAGGCUUCUGGGUACUUUGUUAAAUACCGCCUGUGUUCAUAGUUGGGAAGUUAAAAUAAUGUGUUGAUAAAGGGAAGCUGUGGGACCAAAGUAAAGAUUGUUAGUUCAAAGUGCUUUUCUUUUUCUCUGAAUAUACAUGGUUUGCAUUCUAUCUUAGAUAUAAUUAGGUUGCUGCUAAAAGGAUAGUGAACACGGAAUUGACAGUGUUAAUUGGAGAUUCCUCCUCUGCCUAGAGCCAUUCAGAUCUCUGUAUCCUAUUUUGAGUAAGUCAGUCCUGGUCAGAGAAAGAUGCUUCCUAGAGUCUUGGGUGCAUUGGGAAGAGUGCUAAUGAAGUAGGCAAAGUAGAAAAGGAACUAAGAUAGUUUAUGUAUUAUGACAUACAAAAUUUUAUAUAUAUAUAUAAAUGACAGCAUAUCAGAUUUACUAAAGGAUUGAGUCUAGAGGUGUAGGUCUGCCAAGAAGUUUCCCACUUGGUAGUCACAGAGUAUAAUACAACUUAGGGAGAUUUAACAUUCAUUUUGUUGUUUUGAGCAUUGAAGUUAGUUUGCCGUAAUCCAUAUUCCAUUUGGCAAGUAUUAUACUUGUAUACCAGGGUCAUUGAUCUGCUGUCUUCUAAUGCUGUUUUUUUUUCUCUUAAAAAAAAAAUGUUCUUGAAUUUGUAUGUUUAAUAAAGUCAUCCUCAUAUUUUUUA